AUGGGGGAAGCAGGCACCCUUCAGUCGUGUUGUGAAACCCAAAGAGGCCGGGAGCACACAGCUGAUUACUCGGGUCCGAAGGAUAUGAACAAGCCACUUGCAAAUAGCUUGGAGGCUUCGGGAAACCCAGAAGGUUCCUCAGUGACAAGGACCAGUCCGGAGCCCGAUCCUUCCCCUGUCGCCCCUUCCCAGCUGCCUAGGAUUGCCAAGUCGGCUUCCAACGGUAUUCAAACUUUCCUUUCUGAAGAAGCCAAAAGCUACGAGUCAGAGCGGACCAAAGUUGGUAUCUGCAGCUCUAGGGCUCCACUAGAUGCUGCCUCCCGCCAGGAUUCUAUAGAGGCCCAUGACCUGCAGACCAUUCCCCCUACUGGGGGCCCGGGCCCCGGCCCAGGCAAUGCUCAGCACUGCAGGAUUCCGGCCCUUCGAGGUGCCAGUGUUGGAGGGGAUGAGAGCGGGAGCCCGGGCAAGGGCACGCUGGAGAAGAACAGUGCCCAGGCUGCAGGUUGGAUCAACAUGAGCCAGAGUACUGUGGUGCUGGGCACAGACGGCAUCACUUCGGUUCUGCCAGGAAGUGUUACGACUACUUCUACCCCUGCGGAGGACGAUGAAGGGGAUGAGAAUAAAGCCCGAGGGAACUGGUCUAGCAAACUGGACUUCAUCCUGUCCAUGGUUGGGUACGCAGUGGGGCUGGGCAAUGUCUGGAGGUUUCCGUACCUGGCCUUUCAGAAUGGGGGAGGUGCUUUUCUCAUCCCCUAUCUGAUGAUGCUAGCCCUGGCCGGUUUGCCCAUCUUUUUUCUGGAAGUAUCACUGGGGCAGUUUGCCAGCCAGGGCCCUGUGUCUGUUUGGAAAGCGAUACCUGCUUUACAAGGCUGUGGCAUCGCUAUGCUCAUCAUCUCAGUCCUAAUAGCCAUAUACUAUAAUGUGAUUAUAUGCUACACACUUUUCUACCUGUUUGCCUCCUUUGUGUCUGUGCUACCCUGGGCCUCUUGCAACAACCCAUGGAACACACCAGACUGCAAAGACAAAACCAAACUUUUAUUAGAUUCCUGUUUUGUUGGUGAUCAUCCAAAAAUACAAAUUAAGAACUCAACUUUCUGUAUGACUGCCUAUCCAAACUUGACAAUGGUUAACUUCACCAGCCAAGCCAACAAGACAUUCGUCAGUGGGAGUGAAGAGUAUUUCAAGUAUUUUGUGUUGAAGAUUUCUGCAGGGAUUGAAUAUCCUGGUGAGAUCAGGUGGCCACUAGUCGUAUGUCUCUUCCUGGCUUGGGUGAUUGUAUAUGCAUCCCUUGCUAAAGGCAUCAAGACAUCAGGCAAAGUGGUGUACUUUACUGCUACAUUUCCUUAUGUUGUGCUUGUGAUCCUACUCAUCCGAGGAGUUACCUUGCCAGGAGCCGGAGCGGGAAUUUGGUAUUUCAUUACACCUAAGUGGGAGAAACUAACCGAUGCUACAGUUUGGAAAGAUGCUGCAACUCAGAUAUUCUUCUCUUUAUCUGCUGCAUGGGGAGGUCUGAUUACUCUUUCUUCUUACAACAAAUUCCACAACAACUGCUACAGAGACACACUCAUUGUCACCUGUACCAACAGCGCCACAAGUAUCUUUGCAGGCUUUGUCAUCUUCUCUGUCAUUGGCUUCAUGGCAAACGAGCGCAAAGUAAACAUUGAGAAUGUGGCUGACCAAGGGCCAGGUAUUGCCUUUGUGGUUUAUCCUGAAGCCUUAACCAGACUUCCUCUCUCUCCCUUCUGGGCCAUAAUCUUCUUCCUGAUGCUCCUGACUCUCGGGUUGGACACCAUGUUUGCCACCAUUGAGACCAUAGUGACCUCCAUUUCAGAUGAGUUUCCAAAAUAUUUGCGCACGCACAAACCUGUCUUUACUCUUGGAUGCUGUGUUUGUUUCUUCAUCAUGGGCUUUCCUAUGAUCACUCAGGGUGGAAUUUACAUGUUUCAGCUCGUGGACACAUAUGCAGCUUCAUAUGCACUGGUCAUCAUCGCAAUCUUUGAGCUUGUUGGGAUUUCCUACAUAUACGGUCUGCAAAGAUUUUGUGAAGAUAUAGAAAUGAUGAUUGGAUUCCAGCCAAACAUUUUCUGGAAAGUCUGCUGGGCAUUUGUAACACCUACCAUUCUUACAUUUAUUCUUUGUUUCAGUUUUUAUCAGUGGGAACCCAUGACCUAUGGCUCUUACCGCUACCCCAACUGGUCGAUGGUGCUUGGAUGGUUGAUGCUGGCCUGUUCAGUUAUUUGGAUCCCUAUUAUGUUUGUGAUAAAAAUGCAUCUAGCUCCGGGCAAAUUUAUUGAGAGGCUCAAGUUGGUCUGUUCUCCACAGCCAGACUGGGGCCCAUUUUUGGCUCGACACCGUGGAGAGCGUUAUAAGAACAUGAUCGACCCAUUGGGAACAUCAUCCUUGGGAUUGAAACUGCCAGUGAAGGAUUUUGAACUGGGGACCCAGUGCUAG